UUACUAAAUGCUUAUUCAGUUUGUUUUAGUCCUUGUGAUUCUGGAUUGUGAACACUAGUUAUGCGUGCCCUGAGGAAAAAGGAUUUGCUACUAAGCAACAAAAGUCUUCUGUGCUAAAUAUAGAUAAUUAUUUGUAAAAAAAAAUUAUUAAAAAAAAUAAAUAAAAGAAAAAAAACUCUGAAACAGUGACGAGAUUGUCAAUAUGAUUCGCAGAUCUCGAAGACAUAAGUUGGAGCAGACAAGGCAGGAAACAAACUGCAGGGAGAAAACGAAGAGACAGAAUAUGAAUUCUACAAAUAGCAGACCAGAACAGUGCUGUGGAGUGCAUGGACGGAGACUGGAGCUGUUCUGCCAGGAAGAUGAGACAUUUAUUUGUGUCCUUUGUGUUCCCAGACAUUCCAGCCACAAUUUUAUGCUCCUGCAUGAGGCCUUCAGUAUAUACAAGGACAAGCUGAAAAAUGCUUUAACAUCUGUGGAAUCCAAAGUGCAAGAACUUAAAAAUUUGCAAAAGAAGAAAGCAAAAGAAAUUGCUGAUGUACAGGCAAGUAGACUCUGA